AUGCUAGCCAUGGUGUGGUCCUAUUGGCAGAUAGCAUGGGAAAGAUGGACUAGGGCGAUCGGAAGCCCUGGCGACGUCAUACUCCUGGAGCGUCAUGGCUCGGACUGUCCACAUCAUCAGGAAUGGCUGUCCUAUGCUCUCGUCGUCUACAUGCCCUGCCCACCAUCAGGUUCGGAUUCGAAUGUCAUUCGCAGCGGAGGCAUGCACAUGGCUCUUGUGGUACACUUCCCCAGCUCCUCCGUGGCGAUAAAUAGUCCUCUUGUUCCCAAGAUCGUACAUGCGGAUCCGCAGACGUCGGACGAGACGGUCAAUAAGCCGGACAAUAACUCCCUAUCCAAAGAGACGGGGUCAUCUCGUUCUCUCGACAACCCCACCCACUCCCAGGCCGAGCAUGCACUGUCGCCAGGGAACAGUAAAGAAGAACCGUCGGGGGAAGUGCGCCGCGGCGGCAAGCGAGAACUCACCGAGGAUGACUGCUACGAUAAACUAGGAUUUUGCUUCCCCUGGUGGAAGAAGUGGACGAUCAUCUCGGUGAUUUUUGCCGUGCAAAUGUCGAUGAACUUCAACACGGGGGUCUACGCGAAUGCCGUUCCGGGCCUGACGGAAGAGUUUGGUAUCAGUGAACAAGCCGCCCGCGUGGGCCAGUGUGUGUUCCUCGUUGCAUAUGCCUUUGGCUGUGAGCUCUGGGCGCCCUGGAGCGAGGAAUUCGGCCGGUGGCCCAUCAUGCAGCUGAGCUUGUUCCUGGUCAACAUAUGGCAAAUUCCGUGCGCCGUCGCCCCGAACUUUGGAACCAUCGUGGUCUGCCGCACUCUCGGUGGACUCAGCUCGGCCGGCGGGUCAGUCACCCUGGGAAUGACGGCAGAUAUGUGGGAAGCCCAGGACCAGGGGUUUGCGGUCGCCUUCGUGGUGCUCUCCUCCGUGGGUGGGUCGACCGUCGGUCCCUUCUUUGGCGGCUUUAUCGGCCAGUACCUCUCCUGGCAUUGGGUGUUCUGGGUGCAGCUGAUUGUGGGCGGGUUCACCCAGGCCUUGCAUUUCUUCCUGGUCCCCGAAACCAGAGCGACGAUCUUGGUAGACCGGGAAGCGCGCCGUCGACGGAAGAACGGGGAGGAUGUCUGGGGCCCAGACGAACUGAAAACACCGCGGUUAGAUGCAAAAGACGUACUCCGGGUCUGGCGUCGCCCAUUCGAGAUGUUCCUGCGGGAGCCGAUUGUCCUCUUCCUCUCUCUUCUUUCUGGUUUCUCCGAUGCCCUGAUUUUCGUGUUCACCGAGUCCUUUACUCUUGUCUUUGAGCAAUGGAACUUCAGCACCCUGGCAGUAGGCAUGGCCUUCGGAUCGAUCCUGCUAGGGUAUGUCAUCGCGUAUGCGAUCUUCUUGCCUGAUGUCUGGCGUCAACGGAAGAUCCGUCAGGCCCACGGGGACGCCUCCCGUCUCCCAGAGCGCCGUCUCCUCCUGUUACUGUUCAUCUGUCCGUUAGAACCCAUCGGCCUCCUCGGGUUUGCAUGGACGACCAUGGGCCCGGCGUACAACCCCUGGAUCGCGCCAUUAAUCUUCGCCUGUCUGAUUGCCAUUGCAAACUAUGCCAUCUACAUGGCGACGAUCGACUAUAUGGUGGCCGCCUAUGGACCGUACUCCGCCUCCGCCACCGGAGGCAAUGGCUUCGCGCGAGAUUUCCUGGCUGGCAUCGCGACCAUGUAUUCCACCCCGAUGUACCAGAAUAUCGGCGGGCGUCGGCACCUGCAGUGGGCUAGUACCUUGCUGGGCUGUGUGGGCGUGUUGGUCAUGAUCCCCAUUUACGUGUUCUAUUGGAAGGGUCCGGCGAUUCGCGCAAAGAGCAAAUUCGCACAGACGCUCGAGGCCGAUCGCCAUCGUCAUGCCGAGCGACGGGCUAGUCAUCUCAGUGCCUCCGAAAAGCCAUACCCAGCCUAG